AUGGCUCGCUUCUGCCUUCUAGCUUUGCUAGCUUUCACUCUAUGUCAUACAUCUGCGGCCCCAACUCCAGCCCCACGAAACAGUCUUGAGGACUUGCUUAUCCAAAGACUUCCGAAAGACGCCAAUUCAGGCACUUUCUCUAGGGGAUCGAGUCUCCAAGGCUCCACGCUUCAAAAGAGAGGUCGCGACCAAAACUACUUUCACAGUGCACUCCCUAGCUGCAGUGAAGAUGAUGAUCCAAGUUUUGCUUUCGGCAAGAGUGCCUACAAAGAUGGUGAAGGCACUUUGGUACAGUCUGCUUUGUGUGAUAACGGGAAGAAUACUGCUGGAUGGAAUUGCUGGACCGACAUGUAUUACACCUUUGUACAAAUUGAAUACAGCGACUGGACCAAUACAGGCGGAGUUAUCGACUGCCAAACCACUUCCCAAUGCGCUCUGCAGGGCAUCUCGCUAAAUCAAUCCUGUACAUCCAAUACCGGCAGUUGGGACAAUGCGAUUCAGGUCGGUGCACAAGCUAAGUUAGAUGAAAUCAAGCAAACUAAGUGGGGUAUCGGCGGAAGCUUCUCCUAUACACAUAAUGUGGGCGGAAGCCAAACAUUCUUGACUUGCAAUUAUGCCACAGACCAAGGAAGCUGCCACUGGGACGACCAAGGUUGCCAUGCCAUCUGGAAGGGUACACGCAAUAGGCGAGUAUUCGGCUAUAUGCGCCGCUCAUGCAACAAAGGGCGAGAAGGCACGAAUUUGAGCCAGCAGCGCGAAGACGGAUUUUGGACUGUUGGAAUUUUAGAUUUUGAUGUUCUUCUCCCAGAUAACCAGGUUAUUGGAUGCGCAGCCAUGUGCAAUGAUGUCUCGUACCCGGAGGCAAAGCCAGGGAGUCCUUUAGAUAAAGUUCCAUUCCCAGGUAGAUAA